AUGGACGCUACUACACUAGAUUAUCAAACUUUGAAGAAACAAUUGGGUGCUUCUGCCCGUGAAAUUGAACAAUGGUGGUCUGAUCCUCGUUGGAAAAAUACAAAGAGAAUAUAUUCUGCUCAAGAUGUCGCUGCUAGACGUGGAACUUUCCCUCCAAUUCAAUAUCCUUCAUCUGUUCAGGCUAAGAAAUUGUACAAAGUUUUGCAAGAGCAUAGAAAACGUGGAACUGUUGCACGUACUUUUGGUGCAUUGGAUCCAAUCCAUAUCUCUCAAAUGGCCAAAUAUUUGGAUACUAUUUACGUUUCUGGUUGGCAAUGUUCUUCAACUGCCUCAACUUCCAAUGAGCCAGGUCCUGAUUUAGCUGAUUACCCAAUGGAUACUGUUCCAAACAAGGUGGAUCAUCUUUUCAAAGCACAAUUAUUCCACGAUAGGAAACAGCUUGAAAAUAGGGCAAAAGCUACUUCUCAAAAAGAGUUGGAUGCUCAGGGUCCUCCAAUUGAUUAUAUGACUCCAAUCAUCGCUGAUGGUGAUGCUGGUCAUGGUGGGUUGACUGCUGUGUUUAAGUUGACCAAGAUGUUCAUCGAACGUGGUGCUGCGGGGAUUCAUAUGGAAGAUCAGACUUCUACAAACAAGAAAUGUGGACAUAUGGCUGGUCGUUGUGUCAUUCCGGUGCAAGAGCAUGUCAAUAGACUCUCAACCGUGAGAAUGUGCGCUGAUAUUAUGCAUUCGGACUUGGUCAUUGUCGCUAGAACUGACUCGGAAGCUGCUACUUUGAUUAGCUCAACUAUCGAUGUCCGUGAUCACUACUACGUUGUCGGUGCAACAAAUCCUGAAGUCGAAGAUCAACCAUUUGCAGAAGUAAUGGAUAAAGCUAUCCUUGCAGGUGCGUCUUCUUCUGAACUCGCGCAGAUCGAAGCUCAAUGGUGCAAGAAAGCAGGUCUUAAAUUGUUCCAUGAAGCAUUCGCUGAAGAAUUGCAAAAAUCCAACGUUUCAAACAAAGAAAGAGUACUAGCUGAGUUCCAAAGAAAAGUUGGACCUUACACUGGUACUCCUCACCGUGAAGCUCAAAAGCUAGCUAAAAAACUUUUGGGCCAUGAAGUCUACUUCAACUGGGACGUGCCAAGGGUCAGAGAAGGCCUGUACCGUUACCAAGGUGGUACCCAGUGUGCAGUGAUGCGCGCACGUGCGUUCGCUCCAUUCGCUGACUUGGUUUGGAUGGAGAGUAACUAUCCAGACUACCCACAGGCUAAGCAAUUUGCCGAGGGUGUUAGGGAAGAAUUCCCUAACCACAUGCUUGCUUAUAACCUAUCACCAUCCUUCAACUGGACCAAAGCGAUGUCCACAGAAGAACAAGGUACUUUCAUCGAAAGGCUCGGGAAACUGGGUUACAACUGGCAAUUCAUCACCUUAGCUGGGUUACACACCACUGCACUAGCAGUGAACAACUUCUCUCGUGAAUUUGCCAAGCAUGGAAUGAAAGCCUACGCACAGAACGUUCAACAGAAGGAAAUGGACGAAGGUGUCGACGUUCUAAAGCACCAAAAAUGGUCCGGUGCAGAAUAUAUCGACAGUUUACUCAAGUUAGCCCAAGGUGGUGUCUCUGCUACAGCUGCCAUGGGUCAAGGUGUCACCGAGGACCAGUUCAAGGAAGAUAAGAGUAAGUUAUAG